AUCCUGCAAACACUCAUGGAACUCAAUGUCUCUGUCUCAGCCUUUGUAAUUUCUCUCUUGGAAUCCCCCUAUGAAUUUUCACAAUUUCCUAUCAAUGACCUGGCUGCUCACUUUACAACAAUCUUGGCAACUUCUCUUGCUCACCCAAAUCUCAAUUCGUUGAUUGUCUCGUGGGCGUCCACCUUAUGUACUGAGCGGCUCAAACAAUCAGUAGUGCAGCUUUCGAAAGAAGAAAAUGGAUGGCAUUUUAGCGCAACCAAUGUCCUUGCUGAGCAGCUGGAGGAAUUCCAGCUAGAAGAUAUGGCCAAAGACAUCAAGGAUAUCGCACUGGACUUGUGGCACCUGCUGGAUGCCUUGCUCUCAGCCAAUCAGAAGUUUG